AUGGGUUUGAAGAAGUCAAUUGUGAUGAUGCUGGACAUGGUGCUGAAGAUGUUUUUAAUUGUGAUGAUGUUUUUCCAUGGGAUUGAUGUUGAAAAAUUGGUCCAUAUCGAUGUUCAAGUUGGUGAUGGUGCUGAGCAGCCUACUUUUUUCCCAUCUUUCAGAUUAUCAAGGGUUAGUUUGGGAACAUCGUCUGAGGUGUCAGAAGUUGAGUUAAACCAAAUUUUUGCUUCAAAAUCUGAAUUGCAUCGAAGGAUGAGUUUGUUGGCAUUGAGAAAGAAUUAUGAAUAUAAGGUGGUAAAGUCAACUACGAAGGUAUUGUACAUGAAGUGUAAGCACGAUCAGUGUCAAUGGCGGUUGAGGGCAACAACGCUUGGCACUUCUUUUGGUAGGGUAGUUAGAAAAUAUGUAAAUACUCAUUCAUGUUCAUCUUCAAUAAUGCGGUCUGGUCAUUGCCAAAUGAAGAGCAGAGUAGUUGGUUCUCAUAUAAAACCCUAUUACGAGGAUGUGAAGCGUAUUCAUAAGCCUAAGAACAUUAUCAAUGAUGUUCGCAAGGAAUUUGUGGUCAACAUAAGUUAUUCAAAGUUGAAAAACCCUGGGACGAUUGCUGAAAUCGAGAGUGACAGUGAGAGCAAAUUCAAGUACCUGUUUAUGGAAAUUGGUGCAUGUCUUGCCAGAUUUCGUAGCCAAAUGCGGCUUGUAAUUGCAGUUGACGCUUGCUUUCUGAAGGGUAAAUAUCUUGGUAGUUUGUUUGUUGCCACAUACAAAGACGGUAACAACAAUGUAUAUCCUAUAGCAUGGGGAGUAGGAGAUUUCGAGAAUGAUGCCUCAUGGGAAUGGUUCUUCACUAAAUUGCGAUCAACAAUUGGCCAUGAGAUACCUGAUUUGGUAUUUGUGUCUAACAGGCAUAAAAGCAUCAGUAAGGCGGUACUGACGGUUUUCCCUAAUGCAUUACACGUACAUUGUAUAUAUCACAUUGGCCAGAACGUUAAGGCUAAAUUCAAGCAUGAAAAUGUGUAUGCUUUGUUCUACAAGGCAGCGAAGGCUUAUCGAGAAUCAGAAUUUCAUGAAUUGUUUAACGAGCUCGAGUGA